UCGAUUUGUCUGUGCCUGUGUGGACACCGGCCGGGACCCGUCGAGCAAUGAUUAGUUCGAGCGGCGUGUUGUAACAGCAGAGCUACUCCACUGUCAUCUCAUUUCGCAAAGCCGCCGCCGCCGCCCGUCCAGGCGCCUGCGGCCUGCCGUUCCUCGGCUCCGAGCGCCAGGCCGCCAGAGCUUCUCCGGCCGUUACUCUUGGCCGAUCGACGACCGCGUAAAAAAUUGAAGACCCGGCCCCCCUCCUCCGGCGACGAUGCCUGCCGGCACGGACCCGCUGCUCGCCCGCGCCGACGACGGCACGGCGGACGCGGCCGUCGACCACCGCGGUCGCCCCGCCGAGCGCGGAUCCACCGGCGGCUGGAGGUCGGCGCUCUUCAUAAUAGCGGUGGAGAUCGCGGAGCGGUUCGCGUUCUACGGCGUGUCGUCGAAUCUGAUCAGCUACCUGACCGGGCCGCUCGGGGAGGGCACCGCGGCGGCGGCGGCGGCCAUCAACGCGUGGAACGGGGUGGCGCAGCUGCUGCCGCUUCUGGGCGGGGCCCUCGCCGACAAGUGGCUCGGCCGCUACCGCACCAUCGUCAUGGCCUCGCUCCUCUACGUCCUCGGUCUCGGCAUGCUGGCCUUCUCGACGUUGCUCUCCUCCGGCGGCCACCACCAAUGCACCACAACCGCCGGCGGGCAGCAGGCCUGCGCGCCGUCCACCCUCCAGGCGGCCUUCUUCUACGCCUCCCUCUACAUCGUGGCCGUGGCGCAGGGCGGGCACAAGCCGUGCGUGCAGGCGUUCGGCGCCGACCAGUUCGACCAGAGCGACCCCAAGGAGUCCGUCUCCCGGAGCUCCUUCUUCAACUGGUGGUACUUCGGCAUGUGCGCCGGCACCGCCGUCACGCUCGUGCUCCUCAGCUACGUCCAGGACAACAUCGGCUGGGGGCUCGGCUUCGGCAUCCCCUGCGCCGUCAUGGCCGCCGCGCUCGCCGUCUUCCUGCUCGGCACGCGGACGUACCGCUACUACGUCGCCGGCGCCAAGGGGGCCCUCUUCGCUCGCGCCGCCGAGGCCUUCGCCGAGUGGCGGAGCAGGCGGAAGGCGGGGCCUCUGGAGCAGGCUUCGCAGGGGAUCAGUGCUGGUGUCGAUGAGGAGGAUCAGGCUGUGGCGAGCAACGCAGGCUUCGUGCAGGAGGCCAAGGCCGUCCUCCGUCUCUUCCCGAUAUGGGCGACGUGCCUGAUCUACGCGGUGGCGUUCGCGCAGUCGUCGACGUUCUUCACGAAGCAGGCGGGGACCCUGGACCGGCGCAUCGGCGAUCACUUCAAGGUGCCGCCGGCCGCGCUGCAGAGCUUCAUCAGCAUCACCAUCGUGGUCUUCAUCCCGAUCUACGACCGCGUCGUCGUGCCGGUGUCGCGCCGGUACUCCGGCAAGCCUUCCGGGAUCACCAUGCUGCAGCGCAUCGGCACGGGGAUGCUCCUCUCCCUCCUGUCCAUGGUGAUCGCGGCGCUCGUCGAGACGCGCCGGCUGCGCGUCGCGCGGGACGCCGGCCUCGUCGACAGGCCCAGCGUCCCGCUGCCGAUGAGCCUGUGGUGGAUGGUGCCGCAGUACGUGCUGUUCGGCGCCGCGGACGUGUUCACCAUGGUCGGCCUGCAGGAGUUCUUCUACGACCAGGUGCCGGACAAGCUGCGCAGCCUCGGGCUCGCGCUCUACCUCAGCAUCUUCGGCGUCGGGAGCUUCAUCAGCAGCGCGCUCGUGUCGGUCAUCGACAGGGUGACGACGGCGAGGGGCCAGAGCUGGUUCUCCAACAACCUGAACCGCGGCCACGUCGACUACUUCUACUGGCUGCUCGCCGCGCUCAGCGCCGUCGAGCUCCUCGCCUAUGUCUUCUUCGCGGUCAUCUACAAGUACAAGAACAAAGGAGCCGUGCAUGCGGCUGUUGCUGCAACGACCUGGUCAUCGGACAUUAGCACUGGCACCAGCACGCCCCAGCUGCCACACGCCCGUACCCAGCCCACCGCUUCGUCGUCCAGACCUCAACUCCUCGAGACGCGCCCCACCUUCGCCGAGAAGGCACUGCACAGACCCCCUGCCUCAGUCACCAGCCAGCUAGCCAUGGCGUCGGAGUCGGGCCCUGGCGCCACGGACCCGCUCCUCCCCUGCCGCCGCGUGCCGUCCAAGGGCGGCUGGAGGUCGGCGCUCUUCAUAAUCUGGGUGGAGGUGGCGGAGCGGUUCGCGUACUACGGCAUCUCGUCGAACCUGAUCAGCUACCUGACCGGACCGCUCGGCCAGACCACGGCGGCGGCGGCGGCGGCCGUCAACGCGUGGUCGGGCGCCGCGGCCAUGCUGCCCCUGCUCGGCGCCGCCGUCGCCGACUCCUGGCUCGGCCGCUACCGCACCAUCGUCGCCUCUUCCGUGCUCUACAUCAUGGGGCUUGGAAUGCUGACGCUCUCAUCCAUGUUCCCAUCACCUCAAUAUUGUGGUGGCGCCGCCGACAGCCGAGGAGCAUGCUCGCCUUCCUCCGUCCAGACGGCCUUCUUCUACAUCUCCCUCUACCUGGUGGCCAUCGCCCAGAGCGGGCACAAGCCCUGCGUCCAGGCCUUCGGCGCCGACCAGUUCGACGCAACGGACCCCGACGAGUCCUCGUCCCGGGCCUCCUUCUUCAACUGGUGGUAUUUCGGGCUCUGCGUGAGCGGCACCGUGACGAUCGCGCUCAUGAGCUACGUGCAGGACAACGUCGGCUGGGCCCUCGGCUUUGGCGUGCCGUCCAUGGUCAUGCUGCUCGCGCUCGCCAUCUUCCUGCUCGGCACGAGGACCUACCGGUUCUACGGCUCGGGAGGCGGCAGCCACAACGGCAGUGCCGGCGCGUUCACCCUCGUGGGCAAGGCCUUCGUCGCCUGGAGGAAGCGGCCCAAGGAAGCCUGGUCAGCGGAGCUGGAGCUGGAGCUGGAGCGCGGCGACGGUGAGCUCACCGAGGAUGCGGUGCUCGCGGAAGAGGUGAACGGGAUGGCGAGGUUGUUCCCCAUCUGGGCGACGUGCCUCCUCUACGGCGUGGUGUUCGCGCAGCCGCCGACGCUCUUCACCAAGCAGGCGGGGACGCUGGAUCGGCGGGUCGGGCCGUCGUUCCAGAUACCCCCCGCGGCGCUGCAGUGCUUCCUCGGCGUCAGCAUCAUGACCUGCAUCGUGCUGUACGACCGCGUCCUGGUGCCCGUGGCGCGCAGGGUCUCCGGCGUCGCCUCGGGCGUCACGAUGCUGCAGCGGAUCGGCACGGGGAUCGCCCUGGCCAUGGUCGCCCUGGUCAUCGCCGCGCUGGUGGAGAUGAAGCGGCUGCGGGCGGCGAGGGAUGCCGGCCUGGUGGAUGGUGGCUCCGGCGCGGCGGCGGUCCCCAUGAGCCUGUGGUGGAUCGUGCCGCAGUAUGUGCUCCUCGGCGCGGCCGACGUGUUCACCAUGGUCGGCAUGCAGGAGUUCUUCUACAAUCAGGUCCCCGGCGCGCUCAAGAGCCUCGGGCUCGCGCUCUACCUGAGCGUCCUCGGCGUCGGCAGCUUCAUCAGCAGCUUCCUCAUCACGGUCAUCGACGGCAUUACGACCAGGAACGGCGGCACGAGCUGGUUCGCCGACGACCUGAACCGGGGGCACCUGGACUACUUCUACCUGCUGCUUGCGGCGCUCACCGCGCUGGAGCUUCUUGCUUUCACUUAUUUUUCGACGUCCUACGUUUACAGGACCAAGGCAGUCAAUAAUCAUUGAUUCAUGGACAGAGGCAUAUUGAAGCGUCCCCUCACAAGAAAAGAUUUAAAUAUGAUACAAUAUCAGUUUCAAAAGGCUAAUAACACAUUUAUUACAUCAGAUGGUA